CCUCCACCAGGUUCGCAGUAGCGGCUGAGAUCCAGCAAGCCACAUUUAAGAGCCUAGGACACCCUCUGGCAUAAAAACAUCUCUCCAGGCGGUGUUCACAUGCUCGGACCAAAGCUUUUAACUUGGCAGUGCCGUUUAAGCAAACAAUUCCUCUUAGUCGAAUGCAAUGAUUAACAGGAAGCUGAGAGCAGACAGUCCCAGCCGGGCUGGGAAAAGAGGCAGGGUUUGAGGUCCCAGAGCCGUGACUUGCAGAAUGGUCAUCUCACCCACCGUGGACUUUGCUGUGGGAAUAAGGAAGCACCCCGGCACCCAGGAGUGGUUUUGUGUAGUAAUAGGGAUCUGGGGAGUGGGAGAAAUAACCCAGUGUGGCAAAUGCAAAGAAGCUACUUCGGAAAAGUGUCAAAGAAAAGUGAAAAUGCAAAUGAACUGUAUAUGAAGGUGGAAGGGAAGGGAGAAAAAAACCCACGGAGGACAAGAGAUGUUAGCUGCUAAUGAGAACUGCAUUCAUCACGGGACCGUGUGGGAGCCCAGAAAAACUGUAAGUUAAAGGCAUUGACGCACUGAUUGUAUCUCAAAAGCCGGUGUGCUCAUUUCCUGGUUCUCACCAUGGUCUCCCGCAAGUACUGUCUUUUCAGCGUUUCUCUGCUUAGUGCCUUGAUUUUUGUAUUUGUUUACAAUAGCAAGUUACAGGAGAACAGGCGUUUUCUGAGGGCAGUCCUGACCAACGCUUCCAUCUUAGCUGAAACCUGCGCUGAGCUGCUUGAGGGGCAGGUUUUUCACCUAACAGAAAAUGCAUUGAAAACGACCCUCCGCGAGUCCACCUGUUCAGAGUACAAGAUCCAGAGUCAUUACAUAACAGAAACGCUCUCUGGAGAAGAAGCUGCCUUCCCUCUGGCCUUCACGAUGACUGUCCACAAAGACUUUGGCACUUUUGAGAGGCUCUUCAGGGCGAUUUACAUGCCCCACAACGUCUACUGCGUGCACGUGGAUGCCAAGUCCUCAGUCAAGUUUAAAAGCUCAGUGCAGCGGUUGCUGAGCUGCUUCUCCAACGCCUUCCUGGCUUCCAAGAUGGAACCCGUGGUCUAUGCAGGGUUUUCCAGGCUCCAGGCCGACCUGAACUGCCUGAGAGACCUGGUGGCCUCCCAGGUCCCCUGGAAGUACGUCAUCAACACGUGCGGGCAAGAUUUCCCCCUGAAGACCAACAGGGAGAUCGUGCAGUACCUGAAAGGGUUCCGAGGGAAGAAUCUGACCCCGGGGGUGCUGCCCCCAGAUCAUGCCAUCGGGCGGACUAAAUACGUCCAUCAAGAAUUAUUAGAUAGCAAAAGUUCCUACGUGCAGAAAACAGCACAGUUAAAACCCCCUCCGCCUCACAAUAUGACCAUCUACUUUGGUACUGCCUAUGUGGCCCUCACCAGGGAAUUUGCUGACUUUGUCCUGCAAGACCGGCGAGCCCUGGACUUACUUUCCUGGUCUAAGGACACCUACUCUCCCGACGAGCAUUUCUGGGUGACCCUCAACAGGAUUCCUGCCCCGGGACAGAGGCAGCCGGCUGCGAUCUCAGGAUGAAGAGGAAUCCGCGCCCAGAGCGUCCUUCGGGGCUGGAGUGACGGG